UGGGACGCUAGUCUUCGUCCCCAUUUGCAAGUAAAGCCCUCGUCGAGAGCUCGCCAUCGCCGAUCUCAUCUUCUUGUCGAUCCCGGAGUUGAAGACAAUCAGUCAACCAUGUCAUCUUCAUUUAUUCCAGCCACCACAGAGUCAGUAGCGCAGGCUUUAGAAGCCAAAGAUCCAUUGGAAUCCAUUUCUAUACUGUACCGCAUACUAGAAGACCCCUCCUCUUCUUCAGAAGCCUUGCGUAUAAAAGAACAGGCCAUCACAAACCUCUCUGACCUUCUUCGUCAAGAGAAGAAAGCGGAAGAACUCUGCAACCUUCUCACUCAAUUGAGGCCCUUCUUUUCUUUGAUUCCCAAGGCCAAGACUGCAAAAAUUGUAAGGGGAAUCAUCGAUGCGGUUGCUAAGAUACCUGGCACAUCAGAUCUGCAGAUAUCCCUGUGCAAGGAGAUGGUAGAAUGGACUCGUGCUGAGAAGCGGACGUUUCUUCGGCAACGAGUUGAAGCAAGACUCGCAGCCCUCCUGAUGGAAAACAAAGAAUACACUGAAGCUCUAUCUCUUCUCUCAAAUUUGAUCAAAGAGGUCAGAAGAUUGGAUGACAAAUUACUGCUUGUGGAUAUUGACCUGCUGGAGAGCAAGCUUCACUUCUCUCUGCGGAAUAUGCCCAAAGCCAAAGCAGCUCUCACUGCAGCAAGAACAGCAGCCAAUGCAAUCUAUGUGCCCCCUGCUCAGCAAGGUUCCAUAGAUCUGCAGAGCGGAAUUCUUCAUGCUGAAGAGAAGGAUUACAAGACUGCUUACAGUUAUUUCUUUGAAGCAUUUGAAGCCUUCAAUGCACUUGAGGAUCCUCGAGCAGUCUUCAGUUUGAAGUACAUGCUUCUGUGCAAAAUCAUGGUGAGUCAGGCAGAUGAUGUUGCUGGGGUAAUUUCCUCAAAGGCUGGACUGCAAUACCUUGGCCCUGAGUUGGAUGCUAUGAAGGCGGUUGCUGAUGCUCACUCCAAAAGGUCUCUCAAAUUCUUUGAAACAGCCUUGCGGGAUUACAAGGCACAACUGGAGGAAGACCCAAUCGUCCAUAGGCACCUCUCGUCAUUGUAUGACACACUCUUGGAGCAAAAUCUCUGCAGGUUAAUCGAGCCAUUUGUGAGGGUUGAGAUCAGCCAUAUUGCCGAGCUCAUAGAACUUCCUGUUGACCAUGUGGAGAAGAAGCUGUCUCAGAUGAUUCUUGACAAGAAAUUUGCUGGGACUCUUGAUCAAGGAGCAGGAUGCCUCAUCAUAUUCGAUGAUCCCAAGGUGGACGCCAUCUUCCCGGCAACACUUGAAACUAUUUCCAACAUCGGCAAGGUUGUGGACAGCCUCUAUGUGAGAUCUGCAAAGAUUAUGGCUUAGAUGCUCUCAUGUUUCUAUGUUCCUAGAAAUCAUACUCAUUCAUCUCAUCAGAUUCAUGCUUGUUUUGUUUUUAUUGUCGGAACUUUAAUUUGUUUCAAAACAGCGGUUUUCUAACAAAUCCCUUUGUUGCCAUGACAUAGAAUUUGAUUUAGGAGUUGAUUUA